ACAUUUGCAAUUUCAGUGCGUUUUGACCAGUUUUAAUUCGUAAAAUAGCGUAAAACGUCGUCCGAAUACGUUUGCGUACUGUGUCAGCGAACGGAACAGCCGUUGCUAAUUUUCCGUGAUCCACGGGCGCCAAUUUGCACUAUCGAUAGUUGAGCGCGAGGAACAAUCGUUGACCCGACCGCCGAUGGCUGCCCCCGUUCCCCGUAGAUCUAUCACGUCCCGUGAGUGCUUUAUUUACAUCUAGUUUUGUUGUCGAAAAUUAUAUUUCCCGUGCUCGAAUUCGCUGUUAAUUCGUCGCGUUAACCGUACCGAACCGUCACAAAUCGUCGGCGUACCGCGCAACGUGUCCAGGGACGCAUUCCAACGGGCCGCCGAAGUGUAUACCGUUGCCGCUUAUCGGCCGCAAACAUCGGCUCGGAUCACGUUAAUCUCGGACACGGUUUAUUCUUCUACAUUUGGCUGACACAACAAACAUGUUUUGACCUGAAUUAUGUAAUCGGCUUCAAUUAGAAUUUUUAUUGAACUACCAAUCAGUUGUUGAAAAAUUUGAAGUAUGCAAAAACCAAGGUGAUAGAUACAAAUGAAAUCUUCAAUAAUCAGUCUCCGACAGCUUGUGAAAUGGCUAGUAUUAAUAUAUGGUUGUAUAUCACAUACUGCUUAAUUAUGUGACUACGAAUUCUGUUAAUUCUGUAUAACUCAAUUUGAGUUUUUAAAAAUAUAACAUAUUAUGUGACAGGUUUAGGAUAUAGUGCAAUUUUUCUCAAUAUGUAAAUGUUGUUACUAGUAAUUAUUUACUAGUUAUUAUAAAUUUUUAAAUUCUAAAAUUAAAUAUGGCUGACCUCAUGGUGGAUAGUCCUCCAAACAAAAAGCCGAAGUUGGAAGAUCCAUUCCAAGGAUCUUCAGACUCGUCUGGUGUUUAUUCCAGCAAUGAGAUGUUUGAUCUCGAGAAUGAACUCCCCGAUGAGCUUAUUAGUGCAGCAUCUUGGAACCAACAACCUGAUAUUAAGCAAAAUCUUGGUCCUCAGUUGCCAUUGCAAAAUGGUAUGCUUGUUCCACAAAAUAAUCCUCAGCAGCAACUUCAACAACCUAAUAUUCAUCAACGAUUAGUUGUGAGUCAACAACAAUUGGCACACCAUUUUAUGGGUUCCAAACAUCUUGUAUCUGGUGCUGGAAUGUCUAUGAACAAACCAAUAAAUCCCAAUAUGCCAUCACCUAAUGUUUUGGUCAGUAAAACUGGAGAACCAAUGGUUGUCAAUAUGGGGAAUACAGGCCUUAAUUCCAAUCAAUUACAAAAUAGUAUUGGAAUGCCAAAUGUGAAUAUUAUGAUGGGAAAUAAUUUGGUUAAUAAUUCUAUGCAUAAUCCUCACCAUGGUAUACCUCAGCAACAACAAAAUGGUCCUAUGAUGGGAAGAAAUAUUGCAAUGCAUCAUCAACAACAAAUCCGUAAUCAGACUCACCAACUUCAUAAUUUGCCAAUGAAUACUCAGCAGAGGUUACCAGCUCCAAUGGGUGCAAUGAGUCCAGUAAAUAACUUCAAUGCAUACAACCAAAAUAAUCAACAAAUUAAUGUAGUUCAACAGCAACCUAUUGGUAUUGUACGGCAACCUGUGCCAAGAUUCAACGCCAACACAAAUGGAAUGUUGGUAGAAAAUUCGGUUCCACCUCAGCCUCAAGCAAAUAUUCGCCUAGGACAACAACAAGUUAAUAUGGCUAAUCCAAAUGUAGUUGUACCACCUCAAGGAGUACCUGCUGAUCGAAGUCAAGCUAAUCCAGAAAAAAGGAAAAUGAUAACCCAACAACUUGUAUUAUUAUUACACGCACAUCAAUGUCAGAGACGAGAUAAUCAGGCUAAUGGUGAAGUAAGACAAUGUCGUUUGCAACAUUGUAAUACAAUGAAAGGAGUACUAGCACAUAUGACAAAUUGUUUAGCUGGCCGAAAUUGUAAUGUAGCUCACUGUUCAUCAUCUAGACAAAUAAUAUCACAUUGGAAACAAUGUACUAGACCAGAUUGCCCAAUUUGUCAACCAUUAAAAGCAUCAUCAAACAAUCGCAAUGCUUUAGCCAAUAAUACAACUCAAAAUACUACUGGAAUGAAUGAAAUUAAUUGUUAUAAUACUGUUAAUAAUCAAGUAAAUCAAGUACCGGGAGUUCCAAAUAAUGUUGGUAUAAGGACAACUCUACAAUCUCAAAUUUCACAUCCUCCUAAUAACAAUGUUUUAACACCUAAUCAAAACACACGAGUAUUAGUUCCGCAUUCACAACCUCAAGCAACAACUACAAUGAAUACUGAUCCCGGAACGAGUUCUGUAAAUGAUAUGCUUCAGUCUGUUUCUAACACAACUGUACAAGCUCCAUCCAACAUUCAACAACCUGUGACAAAUAUACCAAAUUCUUUCAUAAUGACAACUAGUACUGAUACUAUGACUACUCAGAUGAACAAUCAAGCACAACCAAGUCAGUCAAUUCCAGGAAAUCAUAUUGAAAGUAAAGAAUGGCAUGAGUCUAUUACUCCUGAAUUGCGAAAUCAUUUAGUACAUAAAUUAGUACAAGCAAUUUUCCCUACUUAUGAUCCAAAAGCAAUGCUUGACAAACGUAUGAAUAAUUUAGUGGCUUAUGCUAGAAAAGUAGAAGGUGAUAUGUAUAAUGUCGCUAAUUCUAGGUCAGAAUACUAUCAUCGUUUAGCCCAAACAUUUUAUAAAAUUCAGAAAGAAUUGGAAGAAAAAAUGCAAAAGCGGAAAGAACAACAACAAAUGCAACAACAGCAAAUGGGAGCUCAGCAACAGACUAAUAAUAUUAACACACAGUGCUUCCCAACUACUCAAGGACUGCCUACACCACAGCAACAGCAAACACAACCACAGCAACAACAUACUUUACUUCAUACUUCAAUUCAACCAAAUCAGCAAAACUUGCCCCAACAGCAAGUAGUAACGACAUCUGGCAUAAUGAAGACACAAUUAUCGGACAGGGUACAUUUUCCAAUUACUUCACCUGUACCUGGACCCAGUCCAAAUACAAACUUACCCCAAACUACUUUUGGUUUGACUCAACCACCUGCCCAAAGUCCAAUCAACACUAGUCAGUUCCCAUCUAACUCACAAAUGAUACCAAACAUAUCUCAAGCUUCAUUCGCUCAACCUCAAUUCACAAAUCAAUCAAUGAAUCAAAUACCUCAACAACUACAUUUACAGCAACAACAACAACAACAACAACAACAACAGCAGCAACAACAACAAGUACAACAGCAACAAGUGCAACAACAACACUUGAAUAAUCAAAUGUUACAACCAAAUAGGCUUAACCAAAUUAAUAUGGAUAAAAUGGUUAAUGGACCUAGUUUGAUAACUACCAGCUCUAUGGCAUCAACUCAAAAUGUACCGGCAAUGAUGCAGAACAGCAUGGGUAAAGGAUAUCCAAGAUCUGAACCAUCAUCAAUUAGUCAUUCAAGUCAAAUGAAUGCUAUCGCUGCUUCGGCUUUAGCACAAGAUGAUUCUCCCAAAGAUGUUAAAGGUGAAAUAAAAGAAGAGUAUGAUGACAGUAAUGAUGGUAAAGGAGCUUAUGGUAAGGGUAAAAUGAACUCUGAAACACCAUCAGACUCUGUGAAGUCUGAAAUGAAACAAGAACGUGAUGAUAAUGCUUCAAGUUCAAUAAAAAUGGAAAUCAAAAUCAAAGAUGAACCAAUGAGUCCCAAACCAAACAUCACAACAGAUAUUAAACCUUUUGAACCAACUCCAUCAGACAGUAAAACAGCCAUAAAAAAAUGUGUAUUUAGACCUGAUGAACUUCGACAAGCAUUAAUGCCCACUCUUGAAAAACUAUAUAAACAAGAACCAGAAUCAGAUCCUUUUAAACAACCUGUUGAUCCUCAAGCACUUAAUAUACCAGACUAUUUUAUUAUUAUUAAAAAACCAAUGGAUUUAUCUACAAUUAGAGAAAAACUUAAUACUGGUCAGUAUUCAGACCCUUGGAGUUAUGUUGAUGAUGUUUGGUUAAUGUUUGAAAAUGCUUGGCAUUACAACAAAAAAUCUACUAAAGUUUAUAAAUCUUGUACAAAACUUUCAGAAGUUUUUGAACAAGAAAUUUACCCAGUCAUGAGAAGUCUUGGUUAUUGUUGUGGUCGUAAGUACACAUUCAAUCCACAAGUACUUUGUUGCUUUGGCAAGCAACUGUGUACUAUUCCAAGAGAUGCCAAAUAUUUCAGUUUUGAAAACAGGUACAUUUACUGUGUUAAAUGUUUUAAUGAUAUACCUGGUGAUGCUGUGACAUUGGGUGAAGAUCCUACUCAAGCUCAACAAGUGAUUAAAAAAGAACAAUUUAUGGAAAUGAAAAAUGAUCAUCUAGAAUUAGAACCAUUUAUAAUGUGCACUCACUGUGGUAGAAAACUACAUCAAAUAUGUGUUCUUCAUAACGAAAAUAUAAAUCCACAAGGAUAUGUUUGUGAUAACUGUCUAAAAAAACGUGGCGAAAAACGGAAAGAAAAUAAAUUCAAUGCUAAAAAAUUGGCUAUAACAAAAUUAGGUACAUAUAUUGAAACAAGAGUGAAUAACUUCCUAAAGAAAAAAGAAGCCGGUGCUGGUGAAGUUGCUAUACGUGUUGUAUCUAGUUCAGAUAAAAUAGUUGAAGUGAAACCAGGUAUGCGAAGUCGUUUUGUAGAAAGUGGAGAAAUGAUAGGAGAGUUCCCUUAUAGGGCUAAGGCUCUUUAUGCAUUUGAAGAAAUUGAUGGAACUGAUGUUUGUUUCUUUGGUAUGCAUGUCCAAGAGUAUGGGUCUGAAGCUCCAUCACCAAAUACAAGAAGAGUUUAUAUUGCAUAUUUAGAUUCUGUUAACUUUUUUAGACCAAAACAGUAUAGAACAUAUGUUUAUCAUGAAAUAUUACUUGGUUACCUUGAUUAUGUAAAACAAUUAGGAUAUACUAUGGCUCAUAUUUGGGCUUGUCCUCCAUCUGAAGGAGAUGAUUACAUAUUCCACUGUCAUCCACCUGAACAAAAAAUACCAAAACCAAAACGAUUACAAGAAUGGUAUAAGAAAAUGCUAGAUAAGGGUAUAAUUGAACGGAUAAUUCUUGACUAUAAAGAUAUUUUGAAGCAAGCUAUUGAAGAUAAAUUAAGUUCAGCUGCUGAAUUACCUUAUUUUGAAGGUGAUUUUUGGCCUAAUGCAUUAGAAGAUAGUAUUAAAGAACUUGAUCAAGAAGAAGAACAAAAGAGGAAACUUGCUGAAGUUGAAGAGUCUGUUGAAAUGUGUGUAAGUGAUGAAGUAGAAAUUGGGCCUGAUGGAAAGAAAAAAGGAUUGCAGAAGGCCAAAAAAUCUAACAAAUCUAAGUCAAGCCAGAGAAAAAGUAGUUCAAAGAAAACUAUGUUACCUCAAACGAGCAGUGACCUUUCAGCCAAAAUUUUUGAUAAUAUGGAUAAACAUAAAGAAGUUUUCUUUGUAAUUAGAUUACACAGUGUACAAUCUGCAGCUGCUCUGGGAGGAAUACAAGAUCCGGAUCCCUUAAUAAGCUGUGAUUUAAUGGAUGGAAGAGAUGCAUUUUUAACUAUGGCCCGAGAAAAACAUUAUGAAUUUUCAUCACUUAGAAGAGCCAAGUUCUCUUCUAUGGCUAUGUUAUAUGAACUUCAUAACCAAGGGCAAGACAAGUUUGUUUACACUUGUAAUAGUUGUAAAGCACAUGUAGAAACCAGAUAUCACUGUACUGUUUGUGAUGAUUUUGAUUUAUGUAUUACUUGUUAUGAGAAAGAAAAACAUCCUCACAACAUGGAGAAACUUGGUCUCGAUUUGGAUGAUGGAUCAUCUCCUGGUGACCAAAAACAAGCAGAUCCUCAAGAGGCAAGAAAAUUAUCCAUUCGUCGGUGUAUUUUAUCACUUGUACAUGCUUGCCAAUGUAGAGAUGCAAAUUGUCGCUUGGCAAGUUGUCAACGUAUGAAAAGGGUUGUACAACAUGUUAAACUCUGUAAAAUUAAAUCCAAUGGGAAUUGUCCUAUUUGUAAACAAUAUAUUGCCUUAUGUUUCCAUCAUGCUAAAUAUUGUACCGAAGGCAAAUGUCCAGUGCUGUUCUGUCCGAAUAUGAAACACAAGAUUAAACAACAACAACUACAACAGAGAUUACAACAAGCACAAUUGCUACGAAGGCGUAUGGCUAUUAUGAAUACAGGUACUUUAGGGACAGAAAACACUGCUCCUGUUGUAGCUUCACCACAUAUGGCCAAUCAACCAAAAAUGAUACCUCACAAAGGGCCAGUAAUGGUUCCAGGAAAACAAACACCUCCUGCUAAUGUUUUACAAGUAGUGAAACAAGUACAAGAAGAAGCGGCUCGUCAACAUGAUAAUGUUGGAUAUGGAAAAGGUGGUCCUCAACCACAAAUUCAACGGCCGCUCAUGCAUAUUGCCCCACCUGCUCCACAACAAGUCAAUCAAUGGGUUACUGAUCCUAAUUACAGUCAAAUGAUAAUGCAGCAGCAGCAGCAGCAGCAACAACAACAACAAGUGCAACAACAACAGCAACAAGUGCAACAACAGCAACAAGUACAACAACAGAGACAAAUGAACAUACAACCUCAACAACAAAUGAUACUUAAUAACCAACAAAAUCCAAUGCUUCAACAACAAGUUAUGGCUGUUAGACCUCAAGGGUAUCAACAAAAUCCUAAUCAACCACAGAAUCAAUCUUUGCAACAGUUACUUAAUGCAUUGCGCACUAACAAUGAUAGUCAACCUGAACAGCAACAACGCCUUAGAGAGUUAUUGAGGAGUAAUCCACAGCUGUUGGCUCAAUUCAUCAGAAACCAACGGCAAAGGCAAAUGUUCCAACAACAGCAACAGCAACAAGGUGGUACUAUUGCUCCUCCAAUGUAUCCUCAACAAAUGCAAGGACAACAACAGCCUGGGCCACAGGGCCCUAACCAGCCUCAAUCAAAUAUGCAAAACCGAAUGCACUUAUAAAGUGAACAAUUUUGAGCUUAUUUAUAAUAAUGGUAUUGUUUUUGUUGUGUACAUUUAUGAAUGUAAAUAUGGCAGCUUAAAGUACAAAAUAAUAAUUUUGUAUUUUAAUUUAAUCGGCCGUGUUGACUUAUAAAUUUUUGUACAUUUGUUCUGCUAUUCGUUGUUAUUUAGUUAGAAAAAUAUAGUUAAGGAUAUCUUCCUUAACAUUUAACCAUAAGAAAAACAUUUAUAAUUUCCUACUUUAGUA